AUAUUGAAUCGAAGAAAGACGGCGUGUUUUUAUGAUUGACUUCUGAAAACUGCCGAAAUGUACAAUCAACCUGAAGAAUUCGUCGAGGCGGCUGCCGGUACUGAGUAUGAUCCUUACUCGUAUUCCGGUUAUGCACAACAAGAAGGUGAUUUUGAAAUGCAUACAGGUGAUCCACGACAAGACUUAGCGUAUGAACGUCAGUAUGAACAGACCGUACCAUCGUAUAUUAUACCUGAAGUUAUCAAGAACUUCAUCCACUUCUUCCAUAAAUGCAUCAAUGAAGGCAAUUUAUUUGAAGUGAAUAACCUCUAUGAGAGCAGUUUCAAUAAGUUAACAGAGAGAUUUUUCAAGAAUUCACCAUGGCCUGAAGCUGAACAUGUAGCUCCCGUCGUAGACCGAGACCCAUUGUUUGUAAUCCUGUACAAGGAGUUGUAUUACCGACAUAUUUAUGCUAAAGUUACCGGUGGUCCAACUCAAGAACAAAGAUUUGAAUCGUAUUACAAUUAUUGUAAUCUCUUCAACUAUAUUCUCAAUGCUGAUGGACCAGUACCUUUGGAGUUACCAAAUCAAUGGCUAUGGGACAUCAUUGAUGAAUUUAUUUAUCAGUUUCAGUCAUUCAGCCAGUAUAGAAGUAAACUCAUCAAGAAGUCAGAAGAUGAGAUAAAUGUUUUAAGACAGAGUCCUAAGAUAUGGAAUGUACACAGUGUUCUGAAUGUCUUGCAUUCAUUGGUCGAUAAAUCUAAUAUCAAUCAGCAGUUGGAAGUCUAUGCUAGUGAAGGUGAUCCAGAUAGUGUUGCCGGGGAGUUUGGACGUCAUCCUCUCUACAAAAUGCUUGGUUACUUCAGUUUGAUUGGUUUGUUACGUCUACAUUCACUUCUUGGUGAUUAUUACCAAGGCAUCAAAGUACUGGAAAAUAUUGAACUCAACAAGAAGAGUGUUUAUUCCCGUGUACCAGCAUGUCAGAUUACCACGUACUAUUACGUUGGAUUUGCAUACAUGAUGAUGAGACGCUACCAAGACGCUAUCAGAAGCUUUGCUAAUAUAUUGCUGUAUAUUCAGAGAACUAAACAGAUGUUCCAGACAAAGUCAUACCAGUAUGACAUGAUAAUGAAAAUGAAUGAUCAGAUGUAUACACUGUUAACGAUCUGUUUGACCUUGCAUCCGAUGCGAAUCGAUGAAAGCGUACAUUCGCAGUUACGUGAGAAAUGUGGCGAUAAAAUGUUACGAAUGCAGAAAGGGGACAGACAAGUUUUUGAAGACUGUUUCUCAUUUGCAUGUCCAAAGUUUAUUUCUCCGGUUGCUCCCAACUAUGACGCUCCGCGCAACAAUCUACAAAAGCAACCAUUCACGUUACAACUCAAGGUAUUCAUGGAAGAAGUCAAUCAACAGAUUAUGAUCCCAACAAUUAGAAGUUUUCUGAAGUUAUAUACCACAAUGCCGAUUUCAAAACUAGCUACAUUUCUAGAAUUGAAUGAUGAUGAUUUCCGAAAUCAUUUGUUAUGUUUCAAGCACAAGAUGAAGAAUCUUGUAUGGACGAAAGGUACAAGUGGUUUGGAAGGGGAAUUCCAGUCAGCAUCUGAAGUAGACUUCUACAUUGAUCAGGACAUGAUUCAUAUAGCAGACACUAAAGUUGCUCGUCGCUAUGGUGAUUUCUUUAUCAGACAGAUUCAUAAAUUUGAGGAGUUGCGACAUAACCUGAAGAAAGGCACCAGUUCUUCUUAAAUGAAGUCUUCAGACAAGACAGCAUUGUGUAGUUGCAUGAAUACCCUAAAACACUGUUGUUGCCAGAAACAUGUAUGCUUUGAUGAAUUCCAGUGCCUAAAGAACCCUAUUGACAUUUUCACCAAUAUAAAAUCGUACCAAACUCAAAAAAUGUUUCUCAUAAAAAAAAUAUUAGCUUACAAAUUUCAUUGCAUGCCCCUGACAAUCAGAGUGUGAAACCCCUCUGUAUAGAACAUUGGGAAGUAUUUUUGCAUUUCAGUGUUUUUUCAAAAUUUGUUUGCAACAAACUGGAAGAUAUUUAUAUGCAUAUAUCUUGAAAAGACAAUGACUGAAUUUAUCCAAAAUUUGAACUUAUUCAUUUCACUCAUUAAUUGGUUAUUAAUGAAAUGUAUGCACAUAUAAAAUCUAUCGUCAUGUAACCAUGGUAACCAAGAAUGUUGUAUUAGGAUCUGUAGUACAUAAAUAAAUGCAUCUCACAAUGUUAGUU